UGUGAAAUUCACUGCAUUUUCGCAGAGACAAUUGGUGUUUUGUUAUUUGGCUGCUGAAAAAUCGCAAAUAACACGCGUAAACUGUCCAAUGAAUUUUGUGAAACGGUUUUUUUCUGUUACUCUUUCGCAUUUAUAAGUGAAAUUCGUUGGAAUUUUUUCAACAUAAACUAUGGCUCCGCCAAAGAAAUUUUCAAAAAAAUCCGACUCAUCCAAAGUUACCAAUUCGGCUACUUCGUCAAAAUAUGAUAAAAAAUAUCAAACGGAUUUAUAUGGAGAUGAUGACAGUUCACAAAGUAGUCAUGAUGAUGACGGUGGUGUGCCAGCUGCGGCUGCAAAAAAUGCCGAAAAAUAUGACGAAGGUGUAGACGAAGAUGAAUAUGGAGCAAAAGAUUAUCGUGCCCAAAUGGAAUUGAAAAUUGAUCACUCAUCGCGACCACUCUGGGUUGCGCCCAAUGGACACAUAUUUUUGGAAUCAUUUUCGCCCGUUUACAAACAUGCACAUGAUUUUCUCAUUGCCAUUUCGGAACCAGUGUGUCGACCCGAACACAUACAUGAAUACAAACUGACCGCGUACAGUUUGUAUGCGGCUGUUUCAGUUGGUUUGCAAACAAAUGAUAUCAUUGAAUAUUUGAAGCGUCUGAGUAAAACAUCAAUUCCACAAGGUAUCAUUGAAUUCAUUCAGUUGUGCACAUUGUCAUACGGAAAAGUUAAAUUGGUUUUGAAACACAAUAAGUAUUUUGUUGAAAGUCCACAUCCAGAGAUUUUACAAAAGAUUUUAAAAGAUCCGGUCGUUCAGAGUUGUCGACUAAAACGCACCGAAGAUGGUGAUGGAUUCAUUGUUGAUGCACAAGAUAAAACCAAAACCAAUUUAUUCAAUCAAAAAACACAAAACAAUACGGUGACCGGACAAACCGAUGACAAGACAAUAACGGCCGUCGAUGGUGCAACCAUUGUUCCCGAUGACAUUACCAACUUUUACGAUAAAAUUGAUAACGAAGAAGAUGAGGAAGCUCUCAAUUUGAAUACGGUAUCAUUUGAAGUGAAUCAAGAGAAAAUUGAAGUGCUACAAAAACGAUGUAUCGAAAUUGAACAUCCAUUAUUGGCCGAAUAUGAUUUUCGUAAUGAUACCGUUAAUCCGGAUAUAAAUAUGGAUUUAAAACCAACCGCCGUUCUCCGGCCAUACCAAGAGAAAAGUUUACGAAAAAUGUUUGGCAAUGGACGUGCCCGGUCGGGAGUUAUUGUUUUGCCAUGCGGUGCUGGUAAAUCACUGGUCGGUGUCACCGCAUGCUGUACGGUACGCAAACGAGCACUUGUGCUGUGCAAUUCGGGUGUAUCGGUCGAACAAUGGAAGCAACAAUUUAAAAUGUGGUCAACGGCUGAUGAUAGUAUGAUUUGUCGAUUCACAUCAGACGCAAAAGACAAACCAAUGGGCUGUGGUAUUUUAGUUACAACGUAUUCAAUGAUAACGCACACACAAAAACGUUCAUGGGAAGCCGAACAAACGAUGCGUUGGCUACAAGAACAAGAAUGGGGCAUCAUGGUACUCGAUGAGGUACACACCAUUCCAGCGAAAAUGUUUCGUCGUGUAUUGACCAUUGUGCAAAGCCAUUGUAAACUCGGUUUAACCGCCACCCUAUUGCGUGAAGAUGAUAAAAUUGCCGAUUUGAACUUUUUGAUUGGGCCCAAAUUGUAUGAAGCCAAUUGGUUGGAAUUACAAAAGAAAGGUUUCAUUGCACGUGUACAAUGUGCUGAGGUUUGGUGUCCAAUGAGUCCAGAAUUUUAUAAUGAAUAUCUCACAACAAAAACAUCGAAAAAAUUAUUACUCUACGUAAUGAAUCCGUCAAAAUUCCGGGCAACACAAUUUCUCAUCAAAUACCAUGAGCAACGUGGUGACAAAACCAUUGUUUUCAGUGAUAAUGUGUUUGCGCUGAAACAUUAUGCCAUCAAAAUGAAUAAGCCAUACAUUUACGGUCCCACCUCACAAAAUGAACGAAUUCAAAUUUUGCAAAAUUUCAAAUUCAAUCCAAAGGUCAAUACGAUUUUCGUGAGCAAAGUGGCCGACACAAGUUUUGAUUUGCCCGAAGCCAAUGUACUCAUUCAAAUUUCAUCGCACGGUGGUUCACGGCGUCAAGAGGCACAACGUUUGGGACGUAUUUUACGUGCGAAAAAAGGUGCCGUCGCUGAAGAAUAUAACGCAUUCUUCUAUACAUUAGUUUCACAAGACACAAUGGAAAUGAACUAUUCACGGAAGCGUCAACGAUUUUUGGUGAAUCAAGGCUAUAGCUAUAAGGUGAUCACACAUUUGGCCGGCAUGGAUAAUGAUCAAGAUCUCUUUUAUAAAUCGCGCGAAGAACAAGGACAUUUAUUGCAACAAGUUCUUCAAGCUUCCGACAUUGACUGCGAAGACGAACGUGUACCGGGCGAAGGUGGAUUCUCGGGAAAUCGAGCUGGUGUCAAACGAACCGGUGGCUUGAGCUCCGUAUCGGGUGGCGACGAUGCUGUUUACUAUGAACAACGACGCAAAGCGGCUCAUAAUGUUCAUCCUCUUUUCAAAAAAUUCCGCGGAUAAUUUUUUUUUUCGGUUAAUUUUCACAUUAAAUUCACAUUUACAUUUAUGGCCUUUUUCUAUAUAAAAUCAAAUAA